AUGUUUGAGACAGUACUACGGCGGCCGGUGGCCGGUCAAUAUUGCGCAGUCAGUUUCGGAGCCAGAAAAUUUUUUUAAAUUUUCUUUCUUUUUUGCAUUUCGUUAAAGACCUAUUUCUCGAGGUUACAAGGUGAGUUACGUCACAAAAAGUACACAAGAUUUCAUUUUAUUUUUGAAAAACCUAUCAAAACUACCUUAAUACGACCGGCCACCUUAAACAGGCGUAUGUCAUAGAACAAAAUGUUUUUUAAGGAAGACGGAACACGGGUUAAGGAAGAGACAUUUAUGCGGAAGACGGAUAACGGAAUUCCGUGCAACCCUGGAACCCAUGCCCACUUCGGACGAAAUUUUUUGUUUGCAUUGCACUGCGGUUUUUUCUUUAUUCCAUAUAGUCUGUUCAGGUUUUAAAUGUCAAGUCGUCGAUCAAGCUCCGCCCAUAAUGGUGCGAUAA